AUGAAGGUCAUCGCCGUGGCUAUUUCCUGCCUCCUGGCUCUAUCUGCUGUUUCAGCUGAUACAUGCUUCAGUGAUGUAUCUAUGGACUGCAGUCAAGCUUCUAACAGUCUUGUUUUUUCAGGACUACCAAGCUGUAACGCCAUCUAUGGCCACUUCAGUCGCCAAGGGAAUGUAGCAAGCGAGUUGCAAGCAUAUGCCAACUUGCACCUCCGUAGAUCUUAUGAAUAUCUACUUUCUGCUGCUUAUUACAACAACUACCAGACAAACAGAAUGGGAUUUAGCAAGUUGUUCACCAAACUUUCAGAUGACACUUGGGACAAGACCAUUGAACUUAUCAAGCAUAUUACAAAGAGAGGUGGCACCAUGGACUUCGCUCGUCGCAGCACCCAAGAGACGAUUACCGCAGCAAAGAACAGCACCAUCGAACUCCAAGAAUUGGAAUCCUUAGCUCACGCUUUGGACACGCAGAAGGAAAUCGCUGAACGUGCCUUCUUCAUCCACCAGGAAGCCACCAGGAACAACCACAAGACACAUGACCCAGAGAUUGCACAGUACUUAGAAGAAGAAUUCAUUGAAGACCAAGCAGAGACAAUUAGGAAACUUGCGGGACACACGUCCGACCUCAAGCAGUUCAUUGUGCAGAAUGACGGCAACGACUUGUCUAUUGGCCUAUAUCUUUUUGACGAGUACCUUCAAAAGACCGUUUAA